AUGGGGCAGAUCCCUAUAGUCGGAUGUAUUUCACAUCUACAAGAACCAGAUCUAAAGUACACAAAUUGUGUGCGCCGGGCAGAGGAGAGCACAUCGUUUGCCUGGCCGUGGAGCUGGAAUGUUGCAGCUAUCGCAGAAGUGCCUGCUCUUGCCCUCCUACCAAACUUCCUAAUACAGAAAUUCUACCUUCAGCCAAUGAGGUACCAGACAGGAGGAACGGUUCUGGCAGGAAGACUGGCACUGGAACGGGGCUGGGCUAUUAACAUCGGCGGAGGCUUCCACCAUUGCAGUGGGGGUCAUGGCGGUGGUUUUUGUCCAUAUGCGGAUAUCACAUUGCUCAUACGCCACCUGUUUCGAUAUGAGGCAAGCCGCGUCCGUACUGCCAUGAUAGUGGACUUGGACGCUCAUCAGGGUAACGGUCAUGAAACAGACUUCCUGGGUAAGGAGACCAGUGUGUUUAUCAUGGACAUGUACAACAGUAACAUCUACCCACGAGACCGCAAGGCUGAGGAAGCCAUCAGAUGCAAAGUCAAGCUCCAGUCCUUCAUCGAGGAUAGAGAGUAUCUCGCUUCUGUUAAAAAAUACUUAGACGAGAGCCUAGCCAACUUCCACCCUGACAUCCUGGUAUACAACGCAGGGACUGACAUCCUGGAGGGAGACAGUUUAGGACUUCUCUCUGUCUCUGCUCUUGGUAUAAUUGAAAGAGACGAGAUAGUGUUCAGAAGAGCGAGAGAACACAAUAUCCCCAUCGUAAUGUUGACAAGUGGUGGAUACUUAAAAAAGACAGCUCGUAUCAUAGCUGACUCUAUCCUGAACCUUCACGAACACGGAUUGAUCAGCUUGGAUAUCACAUAGUUCUUCCAGUAGAUUACAAACACACUGCUCUUUAAAAAUAAGCUUUAAUCAUGCCUUUUCUUCUAGAAAAUGAUAAAUGUUAAGUUUUAUCACUGUUAUUUGCUUAUGUUGCAUGUAUUAUUUCUAAUCAGUAUUUAUAGGGUGGUGCAAAAAGAACGCAUGAUUUUAAAAUGUUAUAAGCAAGUUUAUUUUAAUCAUACAAACAUUUUAUUAACACCAAAAGAAUCCAGCAUACAACCCAGUUUUAGAAUUGAGCAUUUAAGAAUUCCAAAGCACGUCAAUUUUUUAAAUUUAACAUUGUAAAUACAAGUCUUUUUGCGUAAAAUCACAUUAAAAGUCUCUCUUCAUAGUUCUCGAUAACUUUUGUUAAAUUGUCCUGUGCUAAAGUAGCAAUUUAUUCACAUAUUGCAGCUUUACAAUCUUUGAGUGAACGAGGUUUACAACCACAAACUUUGAAUGUAAAAUAAGAAUAAGUCACACGGCGAUAGAUCUGGCGAGCAUGUAGGCCAAUGGAGAUCAAGAAACGUAAAUAACAUGAUCAGGAAACAUUUUUCUGAUGACUUCCAUAAAUGCAUUACUUAUUACGCUUGAGAUUAAACUCUCUACGAAAGCUUCAGUAUUCAAUUUUAAAUACUGUUUGAUAGCAAACACGCUGUGUUGCACGGUUCACUGUGCUAUUGCUACUAAAACUGGAAGCUCUAAUCUAAAAAAUGGUGUCGCUCCAUUGUCACUACAAGUUUUCCUUUUCAGUCUGAAAUGAUAACCUAUGUAUCAUAUAGUAUGGUUAAGAUAUACUCCUUCGAAAAACCAUAUCUAGUCUCUAUUGAAGAUAUGCAGUAAUAAGGAGGCCUACUCUAAUAAAGAUGUCCAGAAGAUACAGAUAGAUCACGUGUAGGCUAAGGUCAGGGUUUAGUAUAUAAGGGCCAGGAGUAGAUUUAGCAGUCCCCCUAGGAAAAUACGCCACGGUCUUCCAAGCGGAAGUCAUGGCAUUAGAUUCAUGCGCCAGAAAACUCAUACAAAUAAGGCCAAAAGGAGCAGAAUAAUACUUUCAGAUAGUCAGGCAGUAUUAAAGGCACAAAGCCUUCAACUCUAAAACAGUAUGGAAAUGUAAGAAUGUACUAGCGGAACUGGCAAAGAGGAACAAAGUUACACUCGGUUGGAUGCCGGGCCACAAGGGCAUUCAGGGAAAUGAUAACGCAGAUACCCUUGUCAAUUUAGGUACAGAAACCCUUAUGGUAGAGCCAGAGCCAGGCUGUGGAAUAGCUUUCUCCUACAGCAAAGCUCUAGUAAAAAAUUAGGAAUAGCAUUAGAUCUUUAAACUGAAGAAGGGCCUCUAGACCAAGACAAUCUAAAAUGUUUAUCUCUCUUUGCAAAAUGUUGGUCAGCUCUCCUAGAACCAAGUAAGAAGAAUAUACGACUGGUAUUAGGGAUGUUGACAGGAUGUGGCCCUCUUAGGAAACAUCUUAUGGAGGGUCUAAGCUAGACUGAUGACUACAGACUCUGUGGAGAAGCAGAAGAAUCAGCGGAACAUUUAUGGCUAAACUGUCCUGCCAUAUGUAAAACUAGGAGAACAUUCCUAGAAGUGUAUCUUCUCAGACCGAAGGAUAUCAGAGAACAGGAGUCCUCAAAUUUGAUAGGCUUCAGUAAAAGUCUCACAU